AGUAAAAGUUCUGCAAGAGCCCCACAAUUUCAACUCAACUCCUCCUCUUUUGCAUUCCAUCUGUUGCAGAGACGUACCAACAAUGAAAUUCGUGAUUUUGCUAUGCGUGCUAAGUGCGCUGCUACUGCAGAUUGAGGCGUCGCCGGUGCAGCUGCUGUCGAGAAGCGAAAGGGCCGUCGCCCGGCAGCAGGCGGUCAACAACGAGGUGGCACCGGCGGCGGCGCCGGCCAGCGAAGAUGACGACGACGACGAUGAGGAUGAUGACGACGAUGAGCCGGAUUUGGGCGACUUAGUUGAUGACGAUGAUGAUGAUGACGACGAGGAAGACGACGAUGAUGAGGAGGAAGAUGACACGCCACAGGGUCAAGCGGCGCCAGCAGCGACCGCCAGCGAUGAUGACGACGAAGAGGAUGACGAUGAUGAUGACUACUUGGAUAGGCUCUUCGAUGAUAUUUUGGGCGAUGAUGACGAUGAGGACGAUGAUGACGAGGUGGCGCCCGCUGCCAGCGCCCAGCAGAGCCCUGCUGCCGCUGCGCCCGCGCAGGCUCUCGAGGAAGUUGCGCCUGCCGCUUCAAGCGGCUCGCUGAGCUCGGGCAUUUCUGAUGGUGUCGAUUUGCCCGCGGAGAGCGGCAAUGCUGCUGAGCCAAUUGCGGCCGGCAACACUGUUGAGGAUGUGGCUGCAGCUGCAGCGCCCGCCCAGACGGCGAGCAACAGCAACAACGAAGGUGCGCUGACAGGUGACGACGAGGAGUCUGACGACGACGACGAUGAUGAUGACGAUGAUGAUAUUAUUGGCGAUGACGUCAUCGAGGCCAGACGCGAAGCACGUGAUCUGAAAAACAACGUCAUUGACAUGUCAACGGAUGCAUUCCAAGCGCGCCAUAAUCAUUUCAUCGAUGCCAUAUUCUCUCGCAUAAAUCGCAUUGUGGCCGACAAUUACGAUCCAUUUGUGGUACGAUUGGCAGGGCGCUCGGCCACGCCCACCUAUGGAAGCGCUGGCGUGAAGACAACAACAAAGACCAAGGGAAAUGCUAACCAUAAGGCAACAACUCACAAAAAACUCAAGAACACCCGCUCGGAGCCGCGCACCGCCAGCAGCACGGAGUCCGUCAAAUUGCAGGAGCAAUUGACGCAAUUACAGACAGAACUUGGUGUCAAAGCCAUCGAACAGCAAGCGGUGGAGGAGCAGAGGCAACAGGCCGUGGCAUCCGGCUCUGGCAAAGCGGAAACUCGCACCGUGUUCAAUGGCGAGCAGGCAAGCGUCAAAGCCAACCAAAAGAAAUCCACGGCCGGACAGCAGCAGACGGCGCAUAAACACAACACGAAAAAGGCAGCGGCUGCGGCGGCGCUGAAGGCGGGCAACGCCAACUACAAUCAGCCAGCCGGCGUGGGGGCAUCCAAAGCGGGCACGGAAGUGGAGAAGCUGCAAAAAGCCGAAGGCAGUCUGUCCGGACUGGCGUCACUGAAACGUGUGGGCAAUGUGAAGGUGAUCAGCGAUGCGGAAGGACGCAAUUCGACCAUUAAGGCCAGAUUUACGCUGGGCCCAUUGACUCUGCGCGUGGAGAAGUCCUUUAAGCGGGGCAGUGUGCGCAACGUGAAAAGCGCAACGGCUAGGACCAACGAGAUGAUCGGCCGCAUCAAGUUCAGUGUGCUGGAUGAUCGGGCCACCUUGAUGUCAAUCAAGGUGCAGCAGCCCAAACAGGUGGAGGUGGAGAGCAAGGACAAUCACGACCGAACCCGCGAAUUCGUCUGGCGUCGCACACCCAAAAUUGCCAAAUUGGUCAACGAGAAGCUCAAAUUGGCAGCCGAGUCCCUCUUUACGCCGCAGGGCGUUGAAGUUGUGAGACUCUAAGGGGCAGACAAUUGCCAUCUUUUGCACAGCCAG